CAGUGCCCAGAAGGACAAAGGCUGCCUCUGAACGCGAAAUGGAGCAGACGCAACUCAGCCAUCACAGCAGCAGAGCACCCUCUACGACCGACGACACGUCUUCGGAGCUACAGGGGGUCGCCUCCUUGGACGAUGCCAACCACACGCCCCGGCUCCUUCCCUCCCUCUCCAGGGUUGUCCGGGUGGUGAUGGCUGUCCGGGGAUGGGUGAAUAAAACCUUGAAGAGGGAAGAGGAGCUGAGACCGGAUUCCUUCCUGGCACGCUUUCGAGGGCCGGAUGUGACAUCACUGGCUGCAGAGAAUGGAGAAGCCCUGGGAGACGAGGACAAGAAGAAAAAGAAAACAUGGACCAUCUUUGUGGUGGACCCUGCAGGGGAGUGGUACUACCGCUGGCUCUUUGCCAUUGCCCUGCCCGUCCUCUACAACUGGAGCAUGCUGGUUGCGCGAGCCUGUUUCAGUGAGCUCCAAAGAAGGUACUUGAUCUGCUGGUUGAUUCUGGACUACCUGUCCGACUCCAUCUACCUGGUGGACAUCGGCAUCCGGCUGCGCACAGGUUUCUUGGAGCAAGGCUUACUUGUCAAAGAUCUUAAGAAGCUGCAUGCCAAAUACGUUGCAACCCUGCAGUUCAAGCUGGACAUCCUGUCUGUCUUGCCCACGGACUUGGCUUACUUCGCCCUCGGCCUCCACCACCCCGAGCUGCGCUUCAACCGCCUGCUCCGCUUCUCCCGCAUGUUUGAAUUCUUUGACCGCACCGAGACCAGGACCAGCUACCCAAACAUGUUCAGGAUCAGCAACCUGAUCUUGUACAUCUUGAUCAUCAUCCAUUGGAAUGCCUGCAUCUACUAUGCCAUCUCGAAGGCCAUUGGCUUUGGAGAAGACACUUGGGUCUAUCCCAACAUCUCUGACCCAGAGUAUGGGUACCUGACCAGGGAGUACGUCUACUGUCUCUACUGGUCCACCUUGACUUUGACCACGAUUGGGGAAACGCCUCCUCCUGUGCGUGAUGAGGAGUACCUCUUUGUUAUCUUUGACUUCCUCAUCGGUGUCCUCAUUUUUGCCACUAUCGUGGGAAACGUGGGCUCCAUGAUCUCCAACAUGAACGCAACCCGGGUGGAGUUCCAGGCUAAGAUCGACGCCGUCAAGCACUACAUGCAGUUCCGCAAGGUGAGCAAGGAGAUGGAGGCCAAGGUCAUCAAGUGGUUCGACUACCUCUGGACCAACAAGAAGACUGUGGAUGAGUGGGAGGUGCUGAAGAACCUGCCGGACAAGCUGCGAGCCGAGAUCGCCAUCCAUGUCCAUUUGGAGACUCUGAAGAAGGUGAGGAUCUUCCAAGACUGUGAGGCUGGGCUUCUGGUGGAGCUGGUGCUCAAGCUACGCCCUCAGGUCUUUAGCCCUGGUGACUACAUCUGCCGGAAGGGGGACAUAGGCAAGGAGAUGUACAUCAUCAAGGAAGGGAAGCUGGCGGUCGUGGCAGAUGAUGGCGUGACUCAGUAUGCCUUGCUGGCAGCAGGCUGCUGCUUUGGAGAGAUCAGCAUCCUCAACAUCAAAGGGAACAAGAUGGGGAACAGGCGGACGGCCAAUAUUCGGAGCAUUGGCUACUCGGACCUUUUUUGCCUGUCGAAGGAGGACCUCAUGGAAGCAGUCACGGAAUAUCCAGAUGCCAAGAGAGUCCUGGAGGAACGGGGCCGAGAGAUUCUCAUCAAGGAAGGGUUGCUAGAUGAAGCAGCAGCAGCAGAAAGCACAGAGGGCAUGGAGGCGGGCCAAAAACUGGACCGUCUAGAGAGCAGCCUGGAGACCUUGAAUGCACGCUUCUCCCGUCUUCUGGCCGAGUAUGACUCUGCCCAAAUGAAGCUCAAGCAGCGGAUCACCUCCUUGGAGACCCAGGUGAAGCAGGACCAGCAGGAGGACCUCUUCUCCAUUGGCUCCCUCAGUCCCCCAGGGGGAGAGGCCAAAGCCAAACCCUGA